CUUCCUAAUAUCCAACCUAAAUUUCCCCUGCCGCAGUGUGAGACCAUUGCUCCUAGUCUUGACCCCUUCAGCCACAAAGAAAAGUCUAUCUCUGUCCUCUUCAUAACUACACUUCAGGUAUUUGAAGAACAUUAUCAAUUCCCCACAUAGUCUUCUCUUCUCCAGAACAAAUAAUCCAAGUUCUUUCAGCCUUUCCUCAUAAGUCAUGUUUCCCAGACCUCUAAUCCUCUUUAUUGCUCUCUGCUGGACUCUUUCUAAUCCAUUUGCAUCUUUCUUGACGUGCAGGUCCCAAAAUGGUACUGCAUUACUCCAUUGUGAAGCCUCACCAGCUUUGAAUAGAGUGGCAGAAUCAUUUUCCUUGAUUUGCCUGUUAGUAUACUUGGUAUGCUAUUGGCUUUUUUGCAAGAAGAGAAUACUGCUGGCUUCUAUUCAGCUUAUGGUCCACUGUAAUGCCAGGUUCUCUUCUGCAGUACGGCACCCUAGCCUGUCAUUCCCCAGUCUAUAUUAGCAUUUGUCUUUGCUGAAUUUCAUCUGAUUAAUUUUGAACCAUUUCUCCAGUUUAUGAAGGUUAUUCUGGAUACUAGCCCUGUUCCCCAGAGCAUCUGUAAUAUGUACGAGAAACUAAAAACAGCAAUUUCAAGGAGAAUAGAAUAGUAGGUACAAUCAUUCUGCACCAAUAUCAAAUGAGAUCAUAGCCAGGUGUGUCUGGUUCUCUGUUUUUUUCUUGAUGUUUUCAAUCCUGAGAACCAUGGUAACUUAUCUGACAAACAAUGGGACGUGUACUUAUAAGUUACUUAUAAAGAACUCAGUUAUAUAUAUAUGGUCCUGAGAAAACUUGGACACGUCUAAAGGAAUGCUGGCACAUAGAGACAUAGCAUGAAGUCAUCUAAGUCUAAAAGCACCCAUGUGUGAUCUCAAACAAGGCUAUUCAGUCCAAGUUUUAACCUGAAAAGUACUUGCUGUGAGUUCUUGGGGUGGGCAUUAUCUUUGUUUUAUGUUUGUAUAGCACCUAGCACUAGGGGAGGGGAUGACUCCUAAGUCCUAUGGUAAUACAAAUUAUUGUUCUUAAUAGUAAUAAUACUUAUAAUAACAGCAGCAGCAACAACAACAAGUAUACCUCAACUACAGCUCUCCCAUGAGAGGAAGGGCUAAAGCCAUAAUUUAAAGUAAAAAGGUAACAUCUAUGGUCUUUCAAGUGAUGCUGUUUGAAGGGGAUAUGGGGGUCAUGUGCUUGGAUCUCCUUUGGAUGCUGAAGUAAUCACACCUCUUGAAUCCUCAACCUCUGCUGAGGGUUGUUAACAAGAGAGCUAAGUGAGCCAAUUUCAGUGGAGGAUUUUGUAAUAUUGGCCCUGAUCACAACACCUGCAUCGAUUCUUUUCUAGCACAUUUAAUUCCUUUCUGAACAUUAUUCUACCACCAGGUAGAAAUGAAUCCCAGUCACUAGAAAGCUGGCUUGGGCUUUCACAGUGAGUUGGAGCUAAACUAACUACAUUGGCACCUUUCCAGGCCAUGAAACCUCCAGCCCCUCUUGGCUUAUUAACUUCUUUUUUUGCUGGUUGACAACCCAGAGACAAGAAGCUGAAAGAAGUGUUGUGACAAUGCAGUAGACACAACUCAUUGUACUAUCUCUACACAGUCUGUGUUCUUACCUUUCUUGCGGGGAGAUGAAAGCUCACAGGAGACAGUUCAACUUCAUUAACUAUUUCAGCCUAUCCACCUCUACCUGCCUUGCUGCCCCUGCAAGAAGAUGCCCAGGGGAGGGCAGCCUUCUGAAAUUAAUGCUGUGAUAACUCCAGUUAAGCAUCCCAGCACUGGACCAUCCGGUCCCUUUGAUGGAUAUGGAUGGCCUGCAUUUCACUGAUGGGUGAGGGGGGAAAGCUGUACUCAUAACUCCCUUUAGGGACCAAUGACUCACCCUGUAACUAUCUGAAAAAUAUGUCUGCUUCUUUCAAAUAGCCAGUGUUUUCUUUCCAAAUGUUCACCUCCUCUCUGGCCAGUGAUGAUUAUUUCUUGCAUUCUCCAUGGGGGAUAAGUUUUUCCAUCCCAGCCAAGGGUAAGAGUAAAGGAUUUUCUUUGAUUUUUACCAAUUCAUUACAUAGAAGGGAGAGAGAAAUAUGUGUACUGUACUAAAAAUUUAGCUCAGGAUGUAGACUUGAAUAAUUGGUUAGGCUGUUCCUUUCUGUCUGGAUUUUCCACUGAAGGCAAUCUGUAUUUUACAAACUGAAACAAAAGAAAAGCCAGGUUAUGUUUUUUCCUUUCCACCCACACUCUUAAAUUGAUGAUCAAAAGGUUUUAUUUUAAUCACAUGCCAGUUUUACAGUGGUUUAACUUUGUUGAAUCUAGUGGAGUUAUGUGUCAGCAAGCAUUUAGUCAGAUUCUGAUUGGCUAUUAACUAUGUUCCUGUCUUCUGUUGUGAAUUAUUUAUGAAAACUCGUGGGAAUGGAUCUUUGUUUAUUCAAAAAUCAGGGGAAUGUUCUUGGUAAAACUACCUAUACUCUCACACAUCUGAUUAAUUCAUCAUUAUUUCUUGUUUGUAAUUCAUUAUUUGUUUUUAUGCUUAAGAGGUUCCAGGCAUCCAAUCAGAGAGUUGAAUCAAUGCCAUGUCACAUAAGUCACCAAUCACAGAGCCUGAACAAGAAAUGGUAACUAGCAGAUACUGGAGGUGACUGCAAUCCACAUAACCAUAAGCAUUGUUCAGCUAAAAGCAUUCAGUGAAUAGUUGCAAAUAACUAAUACAUUUGUAGAAAUCAGAAUUGGUUCAUGAAUGAUUCAUUAAAACUAGGGAAAUUAAUUCAGAGGUUCACUUAUUCAUAAUGAAUAAUGCAUCUCCCUCUAAUAUAUUUAGGAGAACUGCUGUAUAAUGUAAUUCUCAGACCAGGUCUAUAAUCUGUAAACCUGACAAAACCUGGACUAGGAAUAAAAUGUGCUAUUUGUUGCAAAAGCUGAAAGGCCUGUACUGAAAUGAUUUGAUGAGAGAAUGAGCUGAAAUCUCUGACCAAGUUCAAAUGCAUUUCUUAUUCAUGAAAUGACUUAAAUUAAUCUAUCCUGUAGAAAUGGAUUGCCAGUUCAUAUCCCCAGGAAAACAGGAAGCCCAAUGGAGAUAGUUAUUGAGACUUUCAGCAUCCGAAAAGAAAGCUUGAAACUUCUUCAGAACAGGGUGUGGUAUCUUUCCUCCAGCCCAUCAUCUGCCCAUCCGUGGCAGCAGCUCAAAAAAAAGGGCAGAAAUGUAUUCCGCAUGAGACGAUAUUAACUCCUUGGUAGCUGUGAUCUGAGCAGAAGUACUCUUUCUGGCAGUGUAACAACUCCUCUUGGCUUUUCAACUUGGACUCUUCAUCUGUUGACCAUCAGGGAUUUACCUUGCCUUUGGUAUUAGGAGGCUUUAGCUGAGGGUCAACCAUUUGCCAGCAUUCUUGGCGGCAGGUAGUGGUAUUUCAACUCUGCAGCACUAUCUUUACAGCGUAUUAACAUGCGUGUGUCUAUAUUAGUGCACACGCCUAGGUCCCUUUUUUGUUGGUCUGUAUUCUGUAUGCCAUCUUUGUUAAACCUCGCUUUCUCCAAAUAUUUAUGUUGGCCUUUUAAUACAGUGUGGGUUUAUUCUCUGCCAGCUUGUAGAGGAGGCAUUUACUAUGAAGAUAUCAGGGGCACUCCUGGUUUUGUUGCUUCUGGGGGAAGCAGUGUCUCAAAGCAAACGUCAGUCCAAAGCUAAUGUGAAGACUCCUGCCCAGAGUCGAAAGGGUCUGAAUGCUGCCGGGGAACUGGCACAGACUGCUACUGAAGAGGACACCUUCAUAGGAGUUCUUCCUCCUGUGCGAGAUGCUUUGGCAUUACAGCUAAGAAGCCCCUCACUAGCCCCUUUGCCUGCUUUGAAGGCCCUGAACAACAUGAAACUUUUCUUUCUGAGGAACAGUGGGGUCACCUGUAAUGAUGGGACAGCAGCUGGAUACUACUUAAGGGAGAGCAGAGGGAGCAAGAGGUGGAUCAUAUUCUUAGAAGGUGGCUGGUGCUGUUAUAAUAAAGAAACCUGUGAUACCAGAUAUAAGAAUAUCCGCCGUUUAAUGAGCUCCUCUGACUGGCCCCAAACAAAGAAAGGCACGGGCAUCUUGUCUGCUCAGAUGGAAGAAAGCCCACACUGGUGGAACGCCAAUGCCGUGUUUGUGCCUUACUGCUCUAGUGAUAUCUGGAGUGGGACUCUGCCCAAAUCUCGACAAGCAGACUAUGCCUUCAUGGGAUCUUUGAUUAUCCAGGAGGUGAUUAAGGACCUGGUCCCCAAGGGAAUUAAACAUGCUAAAGUGGUCCUCCUUGCUGGGGCAAGUGCUGGUGGGACAGGUGUGCUACUGAACCUGGAGAGGGUGGCUGCCCUGCUGGAGGAGCUGGAGGCUGAGGCAGUCCAGGUCAGAGGGCUUGUAGACUCUGGUUGGUUUCUUGACAUUAAUCAUCCAAGACAAUCUGACUGCUCAGAUGCUGCCUCCCAUGCCCCGACAGAUGCAAUCAAGAAAGGACUCAGGAUGUGGAAUGGGAUCCUCCCAGAAAAAUGUAGGCAGCAGUUCAAGAAGGCUGAUGAAUGGCAGUGCUUCCUCGGGUACCGGCUGUUCUCAUCCUUGAAAUCUCCAGUUUUUGUGGUCCAGUGGCUGUUUGAUGAAGAACAGAUGAAAUUGGAAAAUAUCCAUCUCAGCAGCCAGUCUCUGGAAGAAAAUCAAUGGAACUAUAUACAGAACCUCGGACGCGAACUUAGGAACUCACUGCGCGAUGUCCCGGCCGUGUUUGCACCUGCCUGUCUGUCUCACACGUUGAUUACAAAAAGCUACUGGAUGGAAUUUCAAGUGAAAGGUGUCUCUUUGGCCAGAGCUUUGCAAUGCUGGGAGAGGAGCCUUCAAGAAAGCAAUAAAGGCCCAAAAGUUCCCCCUAGAAGCUGUCCCUUCCAUCUGAUUGAUAGCUGUCCAUGGCCCCACUGCAACCCCACCUGCUCAGCCCUGCCUGGGCACCCCACAGGAUCAGAAGGGAGCUUCAUGCAAACUUUAUUAAGGUUGCGACUUGACGUCCCUAGGAAAGCUCAGGAGCUCAAGAGCUGACCCCAGUCAGCUAACAGGAAUGUUCAGCAGUGGGGGCUAAUGUACAAAACUGAUGUCCACAUGGAUUUAUCGCAGCUGAGUGGGAAAUAGGGCAGGAUGUUGAACAAAGUCAAGGAUUUUACCAUUAUGGCUCAGGUUGAGAAUAUUGCAAUGCUUGUGUUUUGCCCUUUGUCUGCUCAUCAUGACAUGGUCAGCCCAGUUUUAUACGCCUCUUAUAUUAUACUUCUGCUGUUUCUGAUCAGGCCAACUUACCAUCUCAUUUCCACCUCAUGGGGUUUGUGUGACGCACACAAAUUGUUUGGAAGGUACUAUACUUUUUAGGUUUAGGGGUUUAUGAACAAGGAUGUGAACAUUUUUUUUCACUUCCCUUUGCAUUCUGAGUGUAUGCUACCAGGUCACUGAAGGAUUUCAAUGAGUAGAGUGCUAAUUUUGCAUGAUAUCUUAAUAAAGUCUGAUAUUCUGUUUAAUUUAACUCCAUACAUUGCAAAGAAGAUCAUUAACGAAAUAAAGAGAAUGACCAAAACAUUGACUAGGCUUUAGUCAUUAGAUGAAUCAGAUCAACCCCACUGUGGAAAAUAAAUUCAGGGAAGCAGGCCUGUGGAAAGGAGACCUCAGAGACUUUCUCCACACAGUUUCUCUAAGGUGUGCAAUCAAGGUUUGCCUCCUUGAAGGGUAAGCAGAAGGUUCCUUCCACAGACUUGAGUAAUGUACACUCAGCCACCAGGCUUUCCACUUGGAGACCUUGUGUGUCUUAACCCCAGCCUUAGAGACUGGAGGCAGGAAUGGGCUAGUCUGACAUCUUUCCCAGUGCACCUAGCCUUGGGACUUUGCAGUAGGGUUGUACAAAGCUUCGGUAGCCGAUUCGAUUCAGAGGAGAUUCGGCCUGAUUCAGCAGCUGAAUCUCUGAAACCCAUUAAAAGGUCCAAAUUCAGUUGGAAGCAUCCAACUCGAUUCGGAAAGGUUCGGAGAUUCGGAAGGCAGGCUUGCAGGAAAUGGAAACUGAGAAGAGGGAGGAGGGAAAGACUGCUCUGCUAUUGACAUCUGUAGCUGGCCAGUGACUGUGAUCUUUCCCCGAGUUUCCUUCCAAUCACAGUGCUCUGGGGGAGGGACAUAGAAACAGCAUAUAAGGCUGUGUGUGAAGUGAUCUGUUUCUGUGCCAUUUGUGAGCUGCAUCUGUCUUGUAGCAGCAGCAUCUGAAAGGCUCUGGCUUGGUAGCAGUAGCUAGUCUCUUGCUAGCAAGUUGUAUCCAAUCCUUUCCUACUUACUCUUGCCUACCAUCCCUAUUGUUAUCCCUUUCAACUGAUUC